UCAGAUGGAAAUAUCUGCCACCUGCUGGUCAAACCUGCAAGUGCAACAAACUGUCGUCAUGAUAAAUCAGGCGAGUCCACCUGACGUCACGCAGGAGAGACAAGAGUAAAGGGAGUUUAAUAAACAGAAUUCAGUUCUUCCAGCAGGACACAGUUUCCAGUUUGAAGGUUCUCCAGUCAGGAAACUCAGUUAAACUCUACAGAUCAACUCUGAAGAAGCAGAAAAGCAGACCAAAGGAGAGAAAGUGAAAGUGUCAUGUCUUCCUCCAGCAGUCUCCUGUCUGAAGAUCAGCUCCAGUGCUCUAUCUGUCUGGAUGUGUUCACUGAUCCAGUCUCUACUCCAUGUGGACACAACUUGUGCAUGGUCUGUCUCAAAGAGUGCUGGGACAGCAGUUCACGCUGCCAGUGUCCAGUUUGUAAGACAGAAUUCCCUACAAGACCUGAACUGUCUGUGAACACGUUCAUCUCUGGACUGGCUGCUCAGUUCAAGAAGUCAGUUCAGGUCAAAUCCAGCAGAGCUCCAGAGAAACCUGACAAAUCUCAGGUUCUCUGUGACUACUGUGAAAACAACUGUGCAGCUCUGAAGUCCUGCCUGAUCUGUAUGGCCUCUUACUGCAAGACUCAUCUGGAACCUCAUCAGAGAGUCGCUCUAUUAAAGAAGCACAAACUGAUGGACGCUGUGGAGAACCUGGAGGACUACAUCUGCCAGAAUCAUGAGAGACCCCUGGAGCUGUUCUGUAGAGACGACCAGACGAGUGUGUGUCAGUCCUGCACUGAGACAGACCACAAGACUCACAGCACUGUUCCUAUAGAGGAGGAGAGUGGAGAGAGGAAGACUCAGCUGGGAAAGACACAGGCAGAAGUUCAGCAGAUGAUCCAGGACCGACUGAAGAAGAUUGAGGAAGUCAAACAGUCUGUAGAGCUUAAUAAAAAAAGCACAGAGAAGGAGAAAGCAGACAGUGAGGAGGUCUUCAGAGCUCUGCUGCACUGCAUUGACAGAAGCCAGGCGGAGCUGCUUGAGGUGAUGGAGGAGAAGCAGAAAGCAGCAGAGACUACAGACUGUCCAGGCGCUGCGCUUCCCCACUUACAAGUUCCAGCUUUUGCGUUCCGUCAACAUUACGCUAUAAAUUUUAUAUAUAUAUAUAUAUAUACAUAAAAAUAAUCUCUGUUGUGAUUGGCUGUCCUGUAUCGUUCAAAAACCAGUUCAAUUCAGUUUUGAAUGGGUGGGGCUAAACUGCUGCCGACUGUAUGGACUGCUGGAUGUUUGAAACUGCAGCAGUGUUUAUAAACAACAUCAAACAAAUUUAUUUUUCAAAAGUGAGGAAAAAGCUUUUCUAUGAUAUGGACCCUUUAGAUAAAUCACACCUCUAAUAAACCCUGUGUUCUCUCAGUAGGUUAUUCAGUAAAAUGUCUGAAAAAUGGAUUAUAGAAACAAUAAAGAAUAAAGAGGCUGCAAGAUAUUUU